AUGUUCGUUGGUCUACCAAAUAUUGUCAGGGUUACAAAGGAAUUGCGUGAGAGAGGUGUUUCAGCUAACCAUUAUCAUGCAGAUAUGGACGUAAAUGCCCGUGAAAAAGUUCAUAUGAGGUGGAGUAAUAGCAGGUUGCAGGUGGCUUUUGGUAUGGGAAUCAAUAAACCAGAUGUCAGGUUUGUAAUACAUCACAACUUAGGUAAAUCAAUGGAGACUUACUAUCAGGAAAGUGGUAGAGUAGGGACGGAUGGGCUUCCUUCUGAAUGUUUACUUUACUUUAGGCCUGCUGAUGUCCCAAGACAAAAAGAAGAAUUUUCGCAUACAACUUAUGCCACUAAUGCUUACAUGGCAAUUGGACCACUUGCUAAGCAUGUUUUGCAUGAGCUUGAUAACUUGAGAAAGGAACUUGCUUCCAUGGAUGGAGGAAUUUUCACUCAUUCUAUUUUGUCUACUCAGCAGAUCGGAAUGUUAUGUUCUCAGAAACCGGAAACAACAGAACAGGUAACCGGGAAAGGAAUGGAAUCAGCUAUUCCAUUGUUUGAUGGAACGGAAUGGAAUUGA